CAACACUUCACACCACCAAAUUAUAAUCUCAUAACUAAAAACUACCCAAUAAUCAAAUCUAAACUCCUAAUUUUUGAACAAUGUCUCCACUUCACUCUUACAUUAUCUUCUUCUCCCUUCUCAUGACCAUCCUUCUUCAAUCAUCAACAACAUCAUCCCAAUCAAAUCUCUGCAGAUCUUCUUGCGGCAACAUUCCGAUAAAUUACCCUUUUUCCAUCGACGACGGUUGUGGUAGCCCUUAUUACAGACACAUGCUCAUUUGCUCCGACAACGAUACCAAGCUCGAACUUAGAACACCAUCUGGUAAAUACCCUGUUAAAUCUAUAAGCUACUCUGAUCCUCACCUUCUUGUCUCCGAUCCAUUCAUGUGGAACUGUCAAGAUCGAGACAAUUUUCGACCCACUAGAUCUUUUAGCAUCGAUUCAAGUACACACUUCACUGUCUCUCCUCAAAACGACUACUUGUUCUUCAACUGCAACACCGAUAAAGUUAUCGUCGAACCAAAACCGCUCUUCUGCGAAAGGUUUCCAGAUAGAUGUGACUCGUCCUGCGAUAGUUCUAGCUAUCUAUGCAGACAUUUGCCUGAAUGUGGCUCUGCUUUGGGAUCUAGGGUUUCUUGUUGUUCGUAUUACCCUAAAGCGACUCAAUCUCUUAGGCUCAUGCUGCAGGACUGUGCGACGUAUACAAGUGUGUAUUGGAGGAGUACAGGUGUGGAGAAUGCACCGUAUGAUCAGUUUCCAGAGUACGGGAUAAGGGUUGAUUACGAAUUUCCAGUGACAAUGAAGUGCCUUCUUUGCCAAGAAACGACUAAAGGUGGUGGAGUUUGUGGGUUUAAUACGAGGACACGAGAUUUUUUGUGCCUUUGUAAACAAGGCAAUGUCACUACUUAUUGCAAAGAUCCAAGCCUCGUAAACCAUAAACGCGUAGGAGCUAUCGCAGGAACAGUGACGGCAGUUUCAGCGGCAGGAGCGAUUGGCGUUGCCGGUGGAGUAUAUUGGUACUUGAGGAAAGUGAGAGCCAAUGCUCCGGUCACUUGUGGAGUUCAAAGCAAUGAGAACAGAAUUUUCUAAAAGCUCCAAUGAAAUCAUAAUUUUAAAAAGAUUAAAAGCAUGGUCACACUCACACUCUUCUUUUCUUCUUUUUUCGCUCUCUUUUGCCUUUUUUGUUCUUUACCUUUUAUCUUUGAUUUUGUGUAUACUACAAGUUCUAGAUAAAGAUUUUCGUAUAAUUUUUUGUGUUUUCUUAUACAAUAGUAAAUUUUUCGUUUUGGUCGGAUAG